UAUUUUCAUAGUAGGUAUCAAUAACUCUUACUAAUUUAGCAAAAUGUUGAAGUUUACAAUAGUUAUUUUGGCCGCUUUUCUACUGGUUGCACCAGCCUUUGGCAAAGUGUACAACCGUUGUUCUUUGGCCAGGGAAAUGCACAGACUUGGAGUUCCAAAAGACGAAUUGUCGCGUUGGACUUGUAUUGCUGAACAUGAAUCAUCUUACAACACCAAGGCAGUCGGUACUAUGAACUCUAAUGGAUCCCGGGACUAUGGCAUCUUCCAAAUCAACAACUACUACUGGUGUUCUCCCCCCUCUGGUGCCUUCUCCUAUGAUGAAUGUAAGAUCAAAUGCGCAGAUUUCCUCGUUGAUAGCAUUGAACCCGCUGUUAAGUGCGCCCGCUUGGUUUUGAGACAACAAGGUUGGUCUGCCUGGUCUACCUGGAAAUACUGUGACGGUAAAUUGCACAGCAUUGAUGAUUGCUUCUAAAUAAAUAAGCUUGUGGUUAAUAUUUACGAAAAAUAAAGAUUCACAACUCCGGUUAUUAAACAAAA